GAACUAAUCUGUCUGAUGCUUGUGGAGGUUACAGGACGCUGCUGUGGGGAGCCAACUUGUUGGAAGGGACAGAUUCAGAAUGCAUCCCCAAGGAGUUUUGGGAUCGAUUAUAAUAACAACUACUUCCUCAAGGAUGGGAAACCAUUCCGCUACAUCUCGGGCAGCAUUCAUUACUCCCGUGUGCCUCGAUACUAUUGGAAAGACCGUCUGUUGAAGAUGAAGAUGGCAGGGCUUGAUGCUAUUCAAACGUAUGUUCCGUGGAAUUAUCAUGAAUUUGAACCAGGUGUAUAUAACUUCUCUGAUGACAGAGAUAUAGAAUAUUUCCUGAAGUUGGCUAAUGAGACUGGCUUGUUGGUAAUACUAAGAGCCGGACCAUAUAUCUGCGCAGAAUGGGACAUGGGGGGUCUUCCUGCAUGGCUAUUAAAGAAAGAAUCUGUUAUUCUCCGAUCUUCUGAUUCAGAUUACCUAGCAGCUGUAGACAGGUGGAUGGGUGUCUUGUUACCCAAAAUGAAGCCUCUUCUCUAUCAAAAUGGAGGGCCAAUUAUUAUGGUGCAGAUUGAAAAUGAAUAUGGAAGCUACUUUGCCUGUGAUUACGAUUACCUUCGUUACCUUCAGAGACUCUUUCAUCACCACCUUGGGAAUGAGGUGGUGCUGUUUACAACAGAUGGGGCAAGCAAAUCUUACUUGAGAUGUGGAGCUCUGCAGGGUCUUUAUGCAACAGUGGACUUCCCACCAGGUAGCAAUGUCACAGCAGCAUUUCUAAGUCAAAGAGGCAGUGAGCCCAGAGGCCCCUUGGUAAAUUCUGAGUUCUAUACUGGUUGGCUGGAUCACUGGGGUCACCCUCAUGCUGUGGUGCCUACAGAGAGGAUAGCUAAAAGUCUUGACGAAAUCCUGGCACGUGGUGCUAACGUUAAUAUGUACAUGUUUAUAGGGGGAACCAACUUUGCUUAUUGGAAUGGGGCAAACAUGCCAUAUGCAUCCCAGCCUACCAGUUAUGACUAUGACGCUCCACUGAGUGAAGCUGGGGACCUCACUGACAAAUACUUUUCCCUGAGAGGAGUCAUUGGUAGGUAUAAGCACUUACCUGAGGGCCCUAUCCCACCAACAACACCCAAAUAUGCAUAUGGGCAAGUGGCAAUGCAGAAGCUAGGCACUGUAGCAGAGCUUCUUAGUGACCUCUCGCCUGCUGGACCAAUAAAAAGCACUUAUCCUUUAACUUUUGUUCAGCUGAAGCAGUAUUUUGGGUUUGUGCUGUACAGGACUACCUUACCAAAAAAUUAUAGUGAGCCAACACCACUCUUUUCACCUACAAAUGGAGUCCAUGAUCGUGCCUAUGUCUCUGUAGAUGGGGUUCCUCAGGGAGUCCUUGAAAGAGGCAAAUCAUACAUGAUAAAUAUAACUGGGACGGCUGGAGCAAAUCUGGAUGUGUUGGUAGAAAACAUGGGUCGAGUAAACUAUGGUAGAUACAACAAUGAUUUUAAGGGUCUAGUGUCAAAUUUAUCUCUUGGCCAAGUUACCCUCGUUGACUGGGAGAUGUACCCACUAGACAUAGACAGUGUGGUGAGCCAGGGCUUAAAUAGCAGAGACGAUGAAUCAGAAACAUCUGGUGGUAAUCCCUCAAGCUAUGCAGCACCUGCUUUUUACAUUGGCAGAUUUUCUAUUCCCAGUGGAAUUCCUGAUUUACCCCAAGAUACUUUCAUCAAGUUUCCUGGUUGGACAAAGGGACAAAUUUGGAUCAAUGGCUUUAAUCUCGGUCGCUACUGGCCAGUCCGUGGUCCUCAAGUGACCCUAUUCGUUCCAAGCAACAUCCUUGUUUCAUCAUCACUGAACAAUAUCACAGUUUUGGAGCUGGAGCAGUCUCCUUGUGGCAUCCAGAAAUGUGCCAUAGAAUUUGUAGACAAACCUGUUAUCAAUGCAACACUGCAGUAUGGAAGCAACACCCGGAAGCUGUUCACUAAAGAGUUAUGGCUGGACCCUUUAUGAUUAUUUAGGAAUUUGUCCUUAGCGUUGCCUGUUUUUUUUUCCCUUAUUUGUGCAAAUCCCACACUCCUCUGGGGAAAAAAUCAGUGUUAACAUACUUACCAAGUUUUAACCGUGGACACUUUUUUUCAAACCACUGAAAGCGUGUCUGUUUGCAAGUAGGAGAUAGUAAACACAGGUCUCCUCCUAAGUAAGUUGCACAUAAGAUUAGACUGAGAUGGAAGAUUAUAUUUAACAUCAAAGUCUUAGUAAACAGUUAGCUCUGGGAACUGUGACUGCAUUAAAGGAACCUCUUAAACAAGUCACUUUAUCAUCAUUUGUGAACAUAGAGAAAUUUACCUUGCUAAGAAUAAGCAAAUUUAUCAAACAAGUACAAGUUGAACCUCUCUAGUCCAGCACCCGCAGGACCUGACCAGUUCCAAACCAGAGAAUUUUUUGACCACAGAAGAUCAGUAUUAUUGAGGAGCAUUACCAACACUUCCACUGCUUAACUGGGCUGUUAGAGGACCUUUAGGGGUAAAUUAGAGCUAAAUAACAGCACAGAACACUGAGAGCUAGGAUUGGUUUCUGUAAACAGACUUUAUGGGACCACGGGAAACUGGCCACACCCAUCAAAAGUGGACAUCCAGUUAAUUAAAAUCAUGCCGUACGAUGGAUGUUUCCAGACCAGAAUGUGUUCUGGACUAGAGAAGUUCAACCUGUGCUUCAGAAAGUUUGUGUAUAUCAAGUACCAUUUGGAUUUGACUUGCUUUCUUCCAUGUUUAAAUACCUGGUUAAUGUGGCUAGUGUUUCAGUUUGCAGUUUCCUACUGCCAGCAUGGCCAGUUAUGCCUAUGUCCACUUUGUUUUGUUUUGUUUAAAAAAAAAUGUGAAAAAUGUUGAUAAAAACAAGGGAAAAAAUCUGCGUGGUCAAAAAGAUUUUUUUUAAAAGAUGUUCUACUUUUUUUUUUUUUUUUUUUUUUAAAAGUGGUCUUAGUGAGAAUGAAGAAAAACUUUCAAUGGUUUAGAACACAAGAAAUGGCUACUGUGGACUAAAUACAUUGCUUAUACUUAAAUAAGCACAAACCAAUAUUUAAAAAUAGUUUAACAUCUCCAGGGUACAAACAGCAUACGGGUUUGCUUCUGAUAUUGUUUACACUGGUUUCAUAUCCUUGUAACACUGUUGAUUUAAAGGAAGAUGCUUCCAAUUUACAAUAGUGCAAAUGAGAUUAGGGCCUACUAGGGUUGCCAGAUGGCUGAAACAAAAAUACCAAACACCUCCCCCCAACCCCCCCAAAACCACCGGAAAAAUUUUUUGUUGAAGGAAAAAAGGUGUG